AUGACAGGAAAGAGGAAGAAAUCGUAUCGCCGAACAGAAGGCUCUGUGAGCAACUCCAUCAGUACAGACAGCCUCUUUGAACGAGACCGGAAGCGUAGAAAGAUAAAUCAUAAUCGUUCUGAAAGCAGCAGCAGUGAUACUGAUUGCCCAGUUCCUAGACCUGCGAUGACAGGAAAAAAGAAUAAAUCGGCUCGCCGAACAGAAGGCUCUGAGAGCAACAGCGACAGUACAGACAACGUCUUUCAACGAGACGAGAAACACAGAAAGAUACGUCAUAAUCGUUUUGAAAGCAGCAGCAGUGAUACUGAUCGCCAAGUUACUAGACCUGCGAUGACAGGAAAAAGGAAGAAAUCGGCUCGCCGAACAGAAGGGUCUGAGAGCAACAGGGAUAAUACAGACAACCUCUUUCAACGAGACCGGAAGCGCAGAAAGAUAAGUCAUAAUCGUUCUGAAAGCAGUAGUAGUGAUACCGAACGCCCUCAACACUCACCUACUGCAGAAGUACAGCGAACUGUGGAUACUGAUGACAAGAGUUACGAAUUGCAGCCAAGUCGUGGUGAUGAGUAUGGCAGUUCUGAUGAAGGACAAAAAGUCACUGGACAUGCAUUAGUUUUGUACCCUUGCAAUGAACGAAAUAAGAAUUAUAGUGAGAAUUUGCUCAAAACAGAAAUGGAGUCAGAGAAAGUUGCUACUGUUUCUGAGAGUGGUGCUCUUCCCACAACCAAGGACCGCGAUACUGAAGCAGCAUUGUCGUUAUCAACGUCGUCCAGGGCCACAGCUGACAUGUCGGAUGACAAUAACAAUGAGCAUUUAACAGAGAGUCCCAUCUGCAUCAUUUGCAUAGAAGAAUUCAUCAUAAAACAGGUUGGUAUUACAGACACUUGUGGUCAUAAAUUCUGCGCUUCCUGUCUCCAAGAAUGGUCAACACAUACCAAUACUUGCCCAAUUGAUCGACUGACGUUUAACUUCAUAAAAGUUCAACACCAUCUGAAUGGCGAAAUUGUCAAUAGCAUACCUGUGAAACCAACAGAUCAAUGA